UACUGUGGCAUUCAAUAUGGCUGCGCUCACAGACACGAGAGUGUUGCUUCGGAAACUGAAGGGUUUGCCUCAUUUUAUUCCUUGCAGAAAUCGAGUGAAGAAGAAAUGGGCUGCCACUCAACCCAAGAUCUCCUCCACCAGGCUGGCCUUGCAGAUCUUUGACAUGACGUACGGCACCCAGUUUGCAGAGCAGUGGCCUCCAGUUCGGGCCAGCCUGCUGUCGGAGCAGAAGUAUGGAGCUCUUGUCAACAACUUCUCCACGGCGCAGGAGGUGGUGGCGGGACUGGAGCAGCAGGGGGCGUUCGACUUCGUGCAGGAGGCUUUCAGGAGAGACUGUGCCGCAGGGCCCGGUGUGGACGGGCCAGGCACGAGUCGGGACCCCUCGGUAGUCGCCGGACCUCCGUGCGCUGGAGCCCCGGAAUCCGACAGUGAACCCCAGAGUUCAGGAUCACUACAGGAUGGCAGAUUCCCAAGUCUCAGUCCAAAUAUCAAGUGCUAUGUUUUCCCUAAGGGUGACAUCACGCGUUUCAGGCCUGCAAGGCCUGACCGCAGUGGUUUCCUGGGCUACUACCUGCUGGACGCGGCCUCGGUGCUGCCCGUUUUGGCUCUGGACGUGCAGGAGGGCCACACUGUCCUGGACCUGUGCGCCGCGCCAGGGGGGAAGACGCUGGCUCUGCUCCAGACACAGGCCUGCUGGCGUCUGGCAGCCAACGACGCCUCGGGGUCCCGCACUGCUCGCCUCCGAGGGGUCCUGCAGAGUUACAUUCCCAGGGUGCACUGCUCCGAAGACAAGGUGCGCAUCACUUCCUUCGAUGGCAGGAAGUGGGGUGAGCUCGAGAGAGAGACUUUUGACAGGGUCCUUGUGGAUGUGCCCUGCACAACAGACAGACACUCUUUGCUGGAGGAGGACAAUAACAUCUUCAAGAAGUCCAGGACCAAGGAGAGACAGAGACUGCCACAGCUCCAGACAGAACUCCUGCUGGCAGGGAUUCGGGCCGCGCGGCCGGGAGGGGAGGUCCUGUACUCGACCUGCACGCUGUCGCCGCUGCAGAACGAGUGCGUGGUGGAGAGAGCGGCCCAGCUGGCCCAGGAGGAGCUGGGGAUAAGCGUCCGCGUCGUGGACCUGGCGCCCCUGGCCGGCCUUUUCCGGGACGUUUUCCACUUCGCCCAGGGUCUGCGCCUGGGCGAGCUGGUCCUGCCCCACCUCGCAGCCAACUUCGGCCCCAUCUACCUGUGCAGGCUGCAGCGUGUCGGCUAGAGGCCGGAGCUGCUCCGGGCACGCCUUCUCCCAGCCGGACUCACUGUGAGGGUCAGCACGGCCUUGGCGGGGGACAGGCUGCAGCUGGACAACAGGGGCUUACCUGUGAUCGUCAGUCUGUAGUCGUCUCCGCAGGGCGCUUCUAACUGUUGGAAUAAAAUAAAUGUGUUCAAGUAUUCCAGCUCCUCCAGUAAUGAAUUGUAUUCAAUCAAAAAGACUGGUCAUGCAUCAUUAAAAACUUAUUAUAAAUAUUGAAUCAGACAAAAACAAGCUGAUUUUGAUUUUUCUGUCUGUUGUUUGGUAGGACUGGUUGAUGCUAGUGAAGAUACAAGCUCUUUUCCUACAGACUCUUCCUGUAGAAAGUGUUCUUGUUUUCUUGUGGAAGAGUACAAACUCUUGCUAGAGAGACCAGCCCCUAGACGCUGUCAUUUUUUGCAGAUGUUUUAAAAAUAUGUUGGACUUGUGGUUGAUAGUAGUCAGGGUUUACCGUGCUGAGUUUGGACAAAGGUUUGCCCUUUUUUUCUAGGCUCCUUACACUGUGAAUUGGCAUGCUUUACUGUGAUCUUCCAUCGUUUUUUUACUACCUCUGCAUGCUUUUGCCAUUUAUAAACCAUAGGCGUGAACAGGUUCAACAGGUACCUGCUGUUAUUAGUGCAUAAUGGCAGACCUGAACCUGACAUUCUAGGUGGCUGCCUGACCAGUCUGUAAAAGAGUCAAUGUCUCUGCUCCUUUCAUCUCAUGUUGGAACAGCUGGACUUUAAAAUGUGUGUCUGCUGAAGUCAGUGGUGGCUUCAACUGCAGAUGGGCUGUCCAAAGCAGAGGUAUUCUGGGUGCCAUCUGGACUUGUCAUCAGUAAGGUCAAGUUAGCCCCCGCAAAGCAGGUGCCUUCUGAUCUUUGUCUCUUCCAGACAUCAGGAAAAAUAGACAGUAUUUUUAUAUACACACACAUAUCCCUGAAAUGUAAAUCUGUAUUUGUAGAGGUGGACAAUUGCGUGGUACUGUGCCUGAAAAUGAUUUUUGGAGCGUGACUCGGAUGAACAGAUCACCAGCCCUAAAUGAUGUGGUCUCUCUUCUCUUGCUUCCUGGGAAUGAUCCUGGGUUCGUUUGCCUUCUGUGAGGAGUCUGGAUUUUUUCCAGGUGUUCCAUGCCGGCCAGGUUAACUGGUGUCUUGAAACUGUCCCAGUGCAACUGUGUUUGCACCCUGUGACGGACUGGUGUCCUGUCAUUCGUCCUGUGCUUCUGGGACAGGCCCUGACUGGCUGCAGAAGCUUUCAAAAUAAUGGAGGGAGGGAUACAAUUCGAUAUUCUGUCUAUAGGUGAAAAAUGCAGUAAUGGCAAUAGCACUUUUUUUAGUUCUCUGUGUGGCAUAACAUUUUCUGUCUGUCAAGUUCCUGACAUUCUGAGGGCUCUGGAGCUAGUCUCAAAUUUCCCCACCUGUCUGCCGCUGAACGUUUAUUGUUUUAUGUGUCCAUAACUGUCACUCCCAGGUGUUAUGACCUGACAUAAUUGCUGUGUUCUGUUAAUGCUAUUGUACUCCUUGACAUUUAUGCUCACUUUGGAGUGUUUUGUGCUGCAACACACAGCAAUUUUUUGCGUUCAGUAUCAUACGCAAUCUACUAGGCAAAAUGUCAAGCAAAAAAAAAGGUAUUAAAAUAUAUCAGAACAUUGA